CCCGCCCUCUGGCGCUGCGCUUGUCUCCUUCUUCUCCGCGGUGCGCGCGGCCGAAGGUCGCCGGGAGUCGGGAGCGCGCGGGCGGGAGCGCGCGGUCGGUCGGUCGGACCGGGUUCGUACGGCCUUGACGGGACCGAGCGGCCGAGCAAAGGGCCCCUCCCUUUCCUUCUCCCCUGUCCAUCUUCCCCUUUAAAUCCCCGCCACGGGGGCCUAGACGGGAGCAUGGAGCCUCCUCCGCUGCCCACGCCUGGGAGGAAGGAGCAGCAGCUGAAGAGCCUUCGCGGUGUGGAGGUAAAGGGAAGCCAGAAAGUGCCAUGUGAACUGAGCCUGUCACAGUGCGGUGAAGAAUAUGUUUUCACUAUCCGUUCCCAGGAAGACCCCAGUGUUCAAGAGAGGAUUCCCAUCAACAGCCGUUUUAAGUGUGUGCAAGAGGCUGAAGAAACUCUACUGAUUGACAUAACAGCAAACACUGGCUGCAAGAUCCGAGUGCAGGGUGAUUGGACAGCAGAGCAUCUCUUUGAGAUCCCAGAUGAGGAGCAGUGUUUGGGAUUCCUCGCUGAGGUUCUGAGAAUCCAAGAAGUCCCGCGAAACACUUCUUUCCCUGAUCUUGUGGAUCAUACCUCCUGGCACCAAGUGAAAGGUCUCACAGGGCCAGUAGAUCCCCCUUCUGCAGGGAUUCUGGGAUUCGAGGAUAACUUCAGUGUUAUGAGUAUGGAGAAGAAAAGAAACCUGCAGAAUCAGCAAAUGAGUGCCCGCCGGGAACCUCCACCACCACCGCUGCCACCAAGCAGGCCGCGUAUCCGUGACAAGGAGAGCAUGAGCAAGGAGCAACCCAAAGUGACCAACACUAUGCGCAAGCUCUUUGUGCCUUCCACACAUACGCAGUCCGGACAGAGAGAGGGACUCAUCAAGCACGUCCUCGCCAAGAGAGAGAAGGAAUAUGUCAACAUCCAGAAUUUCAGGUUUUUCGUGGGGACAUGGAAUGUGAAUGGGCAGUCUCCAGACAGUGGAUUGGAACCUUGGCUGAACUGUGACUCUGAACCCCCAGAUAUCUACUGCAUUGGGUUUCAGGAGCUGGACCUGAGCACAGAGGCUUUCUUCUACUUUGACUCGACAAAGGAGCAAGAGUGGCUGACAGCUGUGGAAAAGGCUCUGCAUUCCAAAUCCAAGUACAAGAAAGUGCAGCUGGUGCGUCUAGUUGGAAUGAUGCUGCUCAUCUUUGUCAGGAAGGACCAGCUUAGCCACAUCAAGGAAGUGAUGACGGAGACAGUGGGCACAGGCAUCAUGGGGAAGAUGGGUAAUAAGGGGGGUGUGGCCGUGAGGUUUGUCUUCCACAAUACCAGCUUCUGCAUUGUCAAUUCCCACCUUGCUGCCCACGUGGAAGACUUCGAGCGCCGAAACCAGGAUUACAAGGAUAUCUGUGCCCGGAUGAGCUUCCUGCCCCCUGACCAGGGUCUGCCGCAGCUGACAAUCAUGAAACACGACAUUGUCAUCUGGUUGGGUGAUCUGAACUACAGGCUUUGCCUUCCUGAUGCCAACGAAGUGAAAACUCUGAUCACUAAAAAUGAGCUUCAGAGACUUCUGACCUACGACCAGCUGAACAUUCAGCGUACCCAAAAGACAGCUUUUGCUGAUUUCACAGAGGGAGAGAUCAAGUUCAUCCCGACGUACAAAUUCGACUCUAAAACAGAUCGCUGGGAUUCUAGUGGGAAGUGCCGUGUGCCAGCAUGGUGUGACCGAAUUCUCUGGAGAGGAGGCAGCGUGAAUCAACUCAGCUACCGAAGCCACAUGGAAUUGAAAACGAGUGACCACAAGCCCGUCAGCUCCCUCUUCCUCAUAGGGGUGAAGGUUGUGGAUGACCGACGGUACCGGAAAGUGUUUGAGGAUAUUGUUCGGUUGAUGGACAGGAUGGAGAACGAAUUCCUGCCCUCACUGGAGCUCAGCAGGAGGGAGUUUUCGUUUGAGAAUGUGAAGUUCCGGCAGCUGCAGAAGGAGAAGUUCCAGAUCACAAACAACGGGCAGGUCACCCUCCAUUUCUCCUUCAUCCCCAAACUCAAUGACAGCCAGUAUUGUAAGCCAUGGCUUCGCGCUGAGCCCUACGAGGGAUACUUGGAGCCCAAUGAGACUCUGGACAUUUCCCUGGAUGUGUACGUCAGCAAGGACUCUGUGACGCUUCUCAAUUCAGGGGAGGAUAAGAUUGAGGAUAUCCUUGUCCUUCACCUUGACCGUGGCAAGGACUAUUUCCUCACCAUCAGUGGGAGCUACCUACCAAGCUGCUUUGGGACCUCCUUGGAAGCCUUGUGCCGGAUGAGGCAGCCGAUUCGCGAAGUCCCCGUCACUAAACUUAUUGAUCUGGGAGAAGACAGCUUCCUAGAAAAGGAGAAGCAGUUUCUGGAUAUAGUACCCCAGGAUGGUGAUGACUCCACUGAGCGGCCUUUGCACAUACCCAAGGAGAUAUGGCUCUUGGUGGACCACCUCUUCAAGAAUGCCUGCCACCAGGAGGACCUCUUCCAGACCCCUGGCAUGCAGGAUGAGCUGCAGGAGAUAAUUGAGUGCCUGGACACCAGCAUUCCCGAGACGAUCCCUGGCAGUAACCACUCUGUGGCCGAAGCUCUGCUCAUCUUCCUGGAGGCACUGCCAGAACCAGUCAUUUGCUAUGAACUGUAUCAGCGCUGCCUUGAGUGCUCACAUGACAGCCGCCUCUGUCGCCAGGUGAUCUGCCAGUUGCCACGGUCGCACCGGAACGUCUUCCGCUACGUGAUGGCCUUCCUGCGGGAGCUGCUGAAAUACUCCGAGAGCAACAACGUCAGUGCCAAUAUGCUAGCCACCCUCUUCGCCAGCCUCCUGCUACGGCCUCCGCCCAAUGUUCUGUCGAAGCAGAGCCCACAGGAGCGCCAGCGUGCCAUCGGCUUCCUCCUGGGCUUCCUGCUGGGGGCGGAUGACUACUAAAGGUGCCAAGCGUUGGCUCCACGCCAGCAGCGAGGCAGCCUGGAGAUGAAAUGGGGAGGGAAGAGGCAAGGCUUAGCCUCUGUUCUCUGGUGCCACGGAGGUGAAUCGAUUUCCUGCCCUUCCCAUUGUGCCAUCUUACCAUGUGCCAGCUCCCUUCCCUGUGCUUCGCCCUUUCCACUUUUUCCUCUUGACUCCUGACACAGUUGAACACUUGGUUUUCCACAUGGUUCCAGGGCAUUGGCAGGUUAAGGGUGCUUUGGGAGGGACCUUGUUGGAGGACAGUCAUUCCCCUGCCCAUCCUACCACCACUGCUGCUCUCAGUCCCUGUGCAGUAUUCCACUCCCUCCCCUUCUGCUGCAGCUGAGCAUGUGAUACUCUUGGUGGGUACAAGGCAUAAGGAUUCCUAGCCUGUCCUGGAGUUGCAGGACAUCUUUCUCUGUCCUCGUCCCCCAGCGUUGAUGCUGGUCGAGAAGGGGCAGGGCACCCACUGUGGCCCACAUACUACUUAGCCUGCUCUGUGUAGUUCAGAUAUCUGUCCCCAUUCUGCCAAGUAGAGUGUGUGACGCAUAUUCAUAGUCCUACCAGUCGUCCCCGUCCCCCAGUUCUAGGGUGUUAAUUCUUCGUGAAACACUAAGCACUGCCUAAAGGGAUCAGGGAGGAGGAGAGGGCGCAGGCUGGGCAGCAGGAGGGGAGCUGAGGCAGUGGGUACAGCUGGGUUGGGUUGGGCUCCCCACCCGACCCAAGUUCUGCAACUUUGUCUUUUUGGUUUUCUGUCCUGGAUACCUGUACUUCGUGCACACUCUCUCUUUUUUAAAUUGUAUAAUUUAUUGGAAAACUGUUGUUUCAAAAUAAAAUAUCCAUUGUGCAAA